CAAAUUGUUGUGCAUGGUAAUAAUCCAUGCGUAACAAUGAUUUUUAAGGAGAUUUUUUGUGUUAUUUUAUUUUCAACAACAAUAUCAGCGUAUUACAAUUUCAAACCAAGUGAUUCUGGAAGUGAAGGUGGAAUUAAAACUUCAAGAUGGUCGUCCUCAGGAGGAUAUCAAGGAGUUAAGACUUCAGGAGGAUAUCAAGGUGUUAAGACUUCAGGAGGAUAUCAAGGUGUUAAGACUUCGGGAGGAUAUCAAAGCAUUAAGACUUCAGGAGUUAAAACAUCAUACGGUGGUGUAAAAACAAGUGGAUCAUAUUCAAAUAUAAAACAUAUGGGUAAUUUUGGACAUCAUUAUGGUCAUUUUAAUCAUGAUCAAAAUGCUUUCAAACAACGUGAUUGUUCUGGAUUACCUGCAACUCCAUCCAACAGUUUUAUAGUAUGUUCAACGUACGGUAGUUGUAAAGCCACUUGUAUGGAGGGUUAUCAGUUUCAAAAUGGUGCUAAAGAAAUAUUUUUAACAUGUUCAAAUGGAAAAUGGCAAGCACUUGGCAUUGACCUAGAAAAUUCCCCUGCUUGUGAACCAAUAUGUUUGACGCCAUGUCAAAAUAAAGGAAUCUGUAUAGCUCCGAAUACAUGUAAUUGUCCAGAAAAUUUUUCUGGUCCACAAUGUCAAUUUGAACGAAAGCCUUGCUUAAAUUAUCCGCCUUUACCGAUGAAUUCACGACGUCAGUGUAGUCCUACGACCUGUACUAUAAAAUGUGCCCAAGGCCAUCAAUUUCCUGAUGGCUCCACGAUUACAAAUAUGAUAUGCAAAGAUGGUAAUUGGAUACCGUCUGAUCCAAAUCUAGUGUCUAUUCCAAAUUGUGAAGCCACAUGCACACCCAAAUGCCAAAACGGAGGACUAUGUUUAUCUUAUAAUGUUUGUCAAUGUCCACAAGAUUAUCGAGGUCCACAAUGCCAAUACCUUUCCAGUUCUUGCAGUGUUAAAAAGUUACACUUUAACGGGGGAUACAAUUGUACCGAAAAUGAUGAACGAGUAAAAUGUCAACUAAAUUGUCCGGUAGGCAUAAAUUUCGACUCCGUUCCAGCACCAGAAUAUAUAUGUAAAUAUGCGGUUGGUGUUUUUGAACCGAAUCCAAUUCCACAAUGUCUUUAUGGUCCAGGUGCAGUUGUACAAGUUAACAAAAUCGAUUACAAUGCAAAUUCCAAUGUUCCAGACAGCUACUAUAGUAGCAGUAGUAUACAUAAUAUAAUUGAUAACGUAAAAUCAUCUUAUUCCAGCUAUCAAAUUCCGGCCCGUCCUGUUAAAAGUCCACCUGCAAAUACUGAUGAAUUCGCUCAUAGACAAAUUACAAAUACCAGCACAACAACAUUUACAAAAAAAAUUCGCCAACCUUUUCAAUGUUAUACUUGGGGUGAAACUCAUUACAAAACUUUUGAUAAUUUAGUAUACAGCUUUCAAUCCGAAUGUACACAUAUAUUAGUACGAGAUGCCAUUAAUAACUUAUUCAAUAUUAUUGUAAAAAACAGUAGAGGAUGUUCAACCGGAGGUUUAUGCUAUAAAAUAAUCAAAAUAUUUUUAUCCAGCAAAUCUUACGAUGUUACACUUACAAAUUCUGGUUUACCAUACGUAUCAUCAGAAACCAAACGAUUACCCAUACCUGGUAAAGAAACGGGAAUUCGUUUUGACAUGGUGGCAGGAUAUUUGGUUGUUAACUUGGACAGUCUUGGAGUUGUCUUAAAGUGGGAUACUAAAUUAAUGGUUGAAGUAACAGUUUCAAUGAAACUUUGGGGACGAACGAUUGGUUUAUGUGGUAAUUUAAAUGGCAAACCUUAUGAUGAUUUAAUGACAAAAAGUGGAGUUAUUACUAAUUCUAUACCAACUUUUGCAACCAGCUGGCAAGUCGAUGGAUUUAAUGGUGUUUGUGGAAAUGUGCAAGCAAUCGAUAAGCCAUGCCAAGAUGUUAAAAGCCAAAAUGAAGCUCUUAGUUUUUGUAAACUCUUAUUGUUAGACAAACGAUUCAAGGAUUGUCAAGAGGGGCAAGAUAUGAAGAGUUUACUAACAACAUGUUUGAUUGACUACUGUUUAGCCGAUAAAGAUAAUCAAAAAAAUGCUGGAUGCCAGACUAUGAAUGUAUUAAUGAGAGUAUGCAUUCAAACAAAAUUAAUUCCAGAAAGAGAUUGGCGAGAUGAAAAUACGUGUCCAAUUAAAUGCCGUGGUGGUCGCAUUUUUAAGUCAUGUGGAUCAAGCGAAUCGCAAACAUGUGCAUCACCAAAAACUGACACUAGUAUCGCCAAUAUAGAGGAUUGUGAAGAGGGUUGUUUCUGCCCUGAUGGAAUGGUUUCACAUAACGAUGAAUGUAUUAAAAUCGAAGAGUGUCCAUGCAAAUUAAGAGGAAAAUUAUUUCCCCCUGGAUCAAAAGUACCAAAAGAUUGUAACACAUGCACUUGUGAAAGCGGUAAAUGGAAAUGCACACAGGUAACUUGUGGAUCGCGAUGCAGUUCAAUAGGGGAUCCACAUUACAUUACUUUUGAUGGACAUCGAUAUGAUUUCAUGGGACAUUGUAAUUAUUAUUUAAUGAAGGAUUCAAAUUACAGUAUUGAAGUAGAAAAUGUUGCAUGUCCUGGUACCAUUUCACAGGGUAUGAAUUUCAAAGUAAACGAGCGUCUUGGAAUGCCAUCCUGCACAAAAACAGUAACAAUUCGGUUAAAAGAAAAUAUUAUAAAACUGAAACAAAAUAGAGACGUUACAGUCAAUUCUCAAGAUAUUAUAAAGUAUCCUUACAGUGGAUCAAAUUUUACAAUUCGUGUAGUUUCAUCAAUAUUUUUAGUCGUUUAUUUACCAAAUGAUUUAAUUAUUUGGUGGGAUGGUAAUACACGAGUUUAUAUAGACGCACCUGCAUCCAUGAUUGGAAAAACGAAAGGUUUAUGUGGUACAUUUAACAUGAAUCAAAUUGAUGACUUCUUAACUCCAGAAGGUGAUGUCGAACAAUCAGUUAUAGCAUUUGCAAAUAAAUGGAAAACCAAAGAGAAAUGCACAGACAUUGGAGAAAAAGAAAAUCCACAUCCGUGUGAAGAAAAUAUUCACAGGAAAAAAGGCGCUGAAAAAUAUUGUGCAAAAAUAACAGGAGAAUUAUUCGCUAAAUGCCAUUGGUAUGUUGACCCACAAGCUUUCUACAAAGAUUGUUUAUACGACAUGUGCGCUUGUCAAUUUGAGGUUUCCAAGUGUUUAUGUCCAAUUGUCGCUGCCUAUGCUACCGAAUGUGCUAGCCAAGGUGUAAUAAUCGAAUGGAGGAACGAAGUUAAAGAAUGUGCUGUGAAAUGUCCAGCCGGGCAAAUGUAUCAUACAUGUGCUGAUUCAUGCACUCGAUCGUGUGCUGAUAUUAUGCUUGCCGAUGCCAAAUUGUGUAAAACAAAGUGUGUCGAAGGAUGUAACUGUCCACAGGAUCAAACAUUGAAUGAAUAUGGUGAAUGUAUCCCUAUUGGAGAAUGUCCAUGUCAAAAUAGUGGAAUUGAAUUUCCUUCUGGAUUCAAAGAAAUUCGUCCUGGUAGACGGUCUGAAGAAGUUUGCACUUGUGUGGGAGCAACAUGGGACUGUGAGCAAGCUUCUGAAGAUGAUCUUAAAAAAUAUCCAAAAGCUCGUGAUAUCAAAGAAAUGUGCAAAGCUUCCAAAAAUGAAGUGUUUACAACUUGCGAACCAGUAGAACCUGUAACUUGCAAGAAUAUGCAUUCACCUCCACAAAGUUCUCCAGCAGAAUGUAAAGUUGGAUGCACAUGCAAAGAAGGAUAUGUUCUCGAUAGUCUAACAAAAGAAUGUAUUCUCCCUGAAAAAUGUCCAUGUCAUCAUGGUGGUCGUAGUUAUAAUGAAAAAGCAGUUAUUCAGGAAGAUUGUAAUACAUGUACAUGUUCGGGUGGUAAAUGGAAAUGCACUGAACGAGUAUGCACAGGGUAUUGUUACGCAUGGGGCGAUUCGCAUUUUAAAACUUUUGAUGGGCGCUUAUACGAUUUUCAAGGAACUUGUGAUUAUGUUCUUGUUAAAGGCAGUAUUGGAACAAAUGAAGAGUUUGAUGUCUCAAUACAGAAUAUUCCCUGCGGUACAUCUGGCGUGACUUGUUCAAAAUCAAUAACAUUAAGUGUUGGAACUGAUAAAGAUAAAGAAACAUUAACUUUAACAAAAGAUAAACCUUUACCAAAUACAUCGAAUUUAUUCCGAAUUGUUGUGAAGAAAUCAGGAAUUUAUGUCUUUGUGGAAGUCACCGAUUUGGGUUUGAUUUUACAAUGGGAUAUGGGUACACGCAUUUACGUUAAAGUCAAUCCUAAGUGGAAAAACAGAUUAAGUGGUCUUUGCGGAAAUUACAACAAUGAUCAAAUGGAUGAUUUCCAAACACCUUCUGGUGGAAUAACAGAGGUUUCCGCAAGAUUAUUUGGUGAUUCUUGGAGACUACACCCGGAUUGUCCAGAAGCAGUUGAAAUUACAGAUACAUGCAAGUUAAAUCCAAAUCGUCAAAUUUGGGCAGUAAACAAAUGUGGCGUAUUAAAAUCAUCAUUAUUUAAACCCUGUCAUUCUGAAGUACCAGUAGAUGAGUAUUUAGAACGAUGUAUUUUUGAUACAUGUGCAUGUGAUAAUGGUGGCGAUUGUGAAUGUCUUUGCACGGCAAUUGCGGCUUAUGCACAAGAAUGUAAUGUUCGUGGUGUUCCAAUAAGAUGGCGAUCUCAACAUUUAUGUCCAAUUCAAUGUGAUGAAACUUGUUCAGAAUACACCCCUUGUAUGAGCAGUUGUUCCUUGGAAACUUGUGAUAAUAUGUUGACAAUCAACCGUAUUAAUCAACUAUGUUCAGAAGAUACGUGUAUUGAAGGUUGCAAGCCUAAAUCGUGCCCAGAGGAUUAUGUAUACUCUAAUUCUACAAGCUUAGAGUGUAUUCCUCGUGCAUCGUGUACAUCGGUAUGUUUAGAACUGAAUGGCGUAUUUUACAAAGAAGGAGAUAUCAUUUCUCAGGACGAAUGUCAAGUAUGCUAUUGUUCACGCCAUCACGAAGUAUGUCGAGGAGAACCAUGCAGCACCGUUGCUUCAACUACUACAACUGAGGAAAUUACCAGCAGUAGUAAUACUGAAGCUGUUAGUGAUACAGAAAUGCGAUGCGUUAAUGGUUGGUCAAGUUGGACUAAUGGAAUACAACAAGUACAAAAUGAUCAAAAUGCUGUAGACAAAGUCGAGCAAACAGAUGGUAGUCAAUCGCAGCAAUUGCAAAGUGACGCCGUCUUCUUUCCAGACAACAUUCCACAACAAACAUCAAGCGUCAAUAUUGUGCAAAUUAACUUACCGUCUAUGACAGAAAUGGCUGAUUUCAUUAACUCUUCUAUGUGUGAAGCAAAGAAUAUGAUUGACAUUGAAUGUCGUGUAAUUGACACACACAUGUCGAGUAAGGCCACUGGUUUAAACAAUGUUGAAUGUAGCUUAGAACGAGGUUUGUACUGUGAAAAUGGACCAAAUGAACCACCAUGUCCAAACUUUGAAAUACGAGUGUUAUGUCAAUGCGAUGAAUCCACAACUACUAAAGUAAUUACUACCAAGAGUAGCACUCAAAAAACUUCGACACCAUCAGUUUCAACAACUCUUAAUGUUAAAGAAGAAGGCAGGGAAGAAGGUAGAGAAGAAGGUAGGGAAGAAGGUAGGGAAGAAGGUAGAGAAGAAGGAAGGGAAGAAGGUAGAGAAGAAGGGAGGGAAGAAGGUAGAGAGGAAGGAAGGGAAGAAAUACUACCACCUAUUUCAAGUACUACCACAACUGAAAAAUCGUCAACAUUAAGAAUAACAGAAACUCCACUCACAACUUCUUUACCCCAAACCAGUACAACUAGUGUUUGUGCAGAAGGUGUUUAUGAUAAAUGUGCCAAGUCAUGUGAAGAAUUAUGUCAACCGUUUUUAAAAGAGAUGAAGCUCUUAGGGCAUUGUAAGGAAGACGAUGGAUGUAUUGCAGGAUGUGUUACCGAAAAAAAUGAUUGUAAACUUCGAUCAUUAGUAUGGAAAGAUAAUUCUACAUGCGUGCCAGAUUCAAGUUGUAGUUGUGUUUCACAUACUGGAGAAAUAAUUCCUCCUGGAAAGAUUCACUAUGAAUCUGAUUGUGAAAUAUGCCAAUGCAUAGAUAAUCAUUACUUAUGUGAUGAUUCAAGUUGUAAAAUCACUACUUCGAUUACAACGGGCUCAACACAAGAAGAAACUGAACAUGAAGAAUUAGCUGAAGAUUUAGAACGUCCGAGCACUACACCCUUUAUUAUAACAAGUACAAAGACACCACCAGAAGAAUGCACAGCACAAAACUUUAAAUAUUUGUUAAAUGGUGACGAACCAAUAAAUGAUUAUGCAUUCUCUGCAUCAACAUCAUUAGACAGCAAUUUACCUAGCGAUUCUAAACUGUACACUAAUCCAGAAAAAGAUAAAGGUGGUAGCUGGAGACCAGCAAUUGCUAGUAAAGGUCAAUAUUUACAAGUAAACCUAACAGAAAUGGCAGCAAUUUAUGGAAUUAUAGUUCAAGGAAGUUCGAAAGAAGAUGAAUAUGUAACCAGUUAUAAAGUUUUGUACAGUGAUGAUGGAAACUUUUUCAGUUAUGUUAAUGAUAAAAACGGCGUACCUAAAAUUUUUAGUGGUCCAAUCGACAAAAAAACACCCGUUCAACAAAUGUUUGAUAAACCUAUUGAAACAAAAAUAAUUCGAGUUGAGCCAUUAACUUGGCACGAUGGAAUAAGUAUGAGAUUGGAACUCUUAGGUUGUUCAAAUAUUAUCGCCACUGAAACCCCAGCGGUUAAAGUAACUAUUCCAAGUGCAUCGCACGAACGUGGAACUACUAAAAUACCAUCUAAAACUCGAAAGCCAAGCACAACAAUCAUUGUAGAAGAAACCACCAUAGCACCAAUUUGUGUGGAACCCAUGGGUGUAAACAGCAAAGAAUUACCAAGUGACAGUAUAAGAUUCAGUACAGACAAAAAUAACAAUAAAAAUAAAUAUCAAAUUCGAUUAGAUUCUAAAGAAGAAUGGCAACCGAAAACAAAAUCAAAGACUGAGUGGGUAGAAUUUGAUUUUAUGAAACCACAUAUCAUAACAGGAUUUGUAACUAAAGGUGGUCGUAAAGGUUGGGUUAGUAUGUAUAAAGUGAAAUAUUCUAAUGAUCGAGUUAAAUGGUCAAAUAUUUUGGAUUCCACUGGAUCAAGUAAAAAUUUCUUUGCUAAUAAUGAUAGAAGAACAGCAAAAACAAAUUAUUUGCCUAUACCAAUAAAUGCACGAUACGUUCGUGUUUAUCCAUUUAAAUGGCAAAAAGCGAUUCAAAUGCGCGUGGAACCAAUUGGAUGUUUUGAACCAUAUGAACUACAAAGUACAACAACACCAAUUCCUACAACACCUGCCCAAAUAAUUACUGAUUGUAACAUAUGUCCAAAUAUUUACGUUAAAGAUGAAAAAAUCGCAUGUUCUUGUGGUAAUAAUAAAUGGUGGUCUGGAGAUGCAUGUGUCAUGAAACCUCAGUGCCCAUGUGUUCAAAAUGAUACUAUAUAUGAAGUUGGAAGUUCCUAUGAAACCGAAGAUUGUAAAAAGUGUACUUGCAAAUUAAAUGGAAUACUUGAAUGUUCAUUAAAACAAUGCCAUACAAAAUGUGAUUCCGGUCUAAGACCUGUUUUAACUGAUAAAUGUAAUUGUAACUGUGAACCGUGCCCGAAAAAUACAAUUUUAUGUCCAACAAAUGGUGUAUGCAUAAAUGAAACUUCUUGGUGUAAUGGUAUUAUGGAUUGCCCGGAUGAUGAAGUUGAUUGUGUUAGUUUAACAACAACAGUACCUACAACUACAAUCAUAAUCACAACUCCUCCAGAAUCCUUCGAGCUAACAACAUUAAUUGAACAUUCUACAGAAAAAUUACUUUCCACAUUAAUUGAGCUUUCUACAGAGAAAUUACUUUCUACAUCUACUGAAGAAAUUCCAAUCCCUCCAAUUAUGGCAGGAGAGACAUUUGAACCAACAACUACACCUGAAAGCAUUGAGCCUGAGAGUUGCCCACCAGGUUCAUAUUACAGUGCGUGUGCCAUGCCAUGCAAUGAACUUUGUUUGGAAUACUUGCAAAAAAUGAGAAAGAAAGGAUAUUGCGAAGAAGAAGAUGGAUGUAUUGAAGGAUGCAUUUCUGAUGAAAAUGAUUGUACUUCACAAGGACUAGUUUGGAAAAAUAAUGUAACGUGUGUUCCAGAAAGCAGUUGUGAAUGUGUAUCACGUAAUAAGAAAAUUGUUAAGCCAAAUACUGUUUAUUAUGAAUCAGAAUGUGAAAUUUGUCAAUGUAUCGAUAAUAAUUACAUUUGCAACGACGAUAGUUGUAAUAAAACAACUACACCCGAACCAACAACAACACCAUCACCACGCGAAGACGAAACGGAACAUGAGGAAUUAUCUGGUGAUAAUGAACGUACAACACCAAUUAUUAUAUUUAGUACCAUUGCUGCAUUUAAAAAUUGUACUAUGGACAACUUACGGUAUUUAAUUAAUGGAGAUAAACCGUUAAGUGACGAUGCUUUUUCUGCAAGCAGUACAUUGGAAAAGAAUGAACCAUAUAAUGCUCGGCUAAAUUCAGACGCCAGUUGGAAACCUGUAACAGAUGAUAAAGAAAGUUACCUUCAAAUAAAACUAAAAGCUCCAGAAUCUGUAUAUGGAAUUAUUAUGAAAGGUGAUUCCAAAUUAGACGAAUUUGUAACAGCAUAUUACAUUUUAUACCAAAAACCAAAUCAAAAUCCAGUAGACGAACACAGAUCUGACGUUCCUAUUGAAUCUAGCAUUGAUGAAAAUAAUUGGACGUACAUUACAAAUGAAAAUGGUUCACCUAAGGUUUUCAAUGGUCCACCCAAUAAAGAUACUCCAAUUCAACAAUUAUUUGAGACAUCAAUAGAAACUCAAUAUAUUCGAAUUGUACCAUAUAAAUGGCAUAAAGGAAUUAGUUUACGUGUUGAAUUAUUUGGUUGCGAUGAGAAGACAACUACAGAAAAACCGGCAGUGAAACAAACUGUUCCAGUACUUGAAAAAACUAAGAAACCUAAAAAAACGACUACCGUUAAACCAACAACAAUAAUAAUUGAACCAACAAUUACUCCAGUAUGCACUGACAUGUUGGGUGUGAAUACUAAAUUAUUGCCUAAUAGUAACAUUAAAUUUAGUACUGAUCACAGAAAUGAUAAUAACAAGUAUAAAAUUUGUUUGGAUUCUUUGGAAGAAUGGCAGCCGAAAACUAAAUCAAAGACAGAAUGGGUUCAAUUUGAUUUCAUCCAUCCUACUCUUGUAACGGGUAUAAUCACAAAAGGUGGACGAAAGGGAUGGGUAACUCUAUACAAAGUAAAAUAUUCUACAGAUGGUAAAAAAUGGAAUGCCAUACAUACUGAAACUGGUGCAAUAAAACAAUUUUUGGGUAACUUCGACAAAAAUACGCCAAAAACAAAUUACUUUAAUUUACCAAUAAAAACACAAUUCAUUCGUAUUUAUCCAUCAAAAUGGCAUAAAGUAAUUCAAAUGCGCAUUGAACCAGUAGGAUGUUACAAACCAUAUGAAAUAAUUGCCACAACUCCGUCAAUUUUGUCCACAUCGACAGAAAAUCCUGAAAUUUCUGAAUGUAACAUAUGUCCUAAUGUUAAUGUAAAGAAUACUACAACUGCUUGUUCGUGUGGUCUAAAUAAAUGGUGGUCUGGUGAAGAAUGUGUAUUAUCUCCACAAUGUCCUUGUGUUUAUAAUCAUGUCAAAUAUAAUAUUGGAACGUUAUACGAAACCGAAGAUUGUAUGGAAUGUGUAUGUCGAUUGAAUGGACUUUCAGAUUGUUCAAUUAAAAAAUGUCCAAAAUGUGAAUCAGGUUUAACAGCUGAUAUAACCGCACAAUGCGGAUGUGUUUGUAAGCCAUGCCCAGAAGGAACAAUUAUAUGUCCCACAAGUGGUACUUGCAUAAGUGAAUCAAGUUGGUGUGAUGGUAUCGUCGAUUGCCCUGACGAUGAAACUAACUGCACAGUACCUACAACGCCAGAAGCUAUAAAAUCAACAACCGUUGAGUCUAUCAGAGAACUAACUACAUUGCCGCCACCCGUAUUAACCACAUCCAUUUAUGAAGAAAAUAACACAACUAAAUGCCCUGUUCCAAAUUGUCCACCUGGUUACAAACUUGUGGAAAAAAAACUCACAACGACAAGAAAGUCAGAAUAUGGUACCAGAUCUACAAUGUUCAUAACAGCUCCAAGUAAAGGAGGUCGCAAAAAUGGUGUGAAGAAUGGUGUCAAAAAUGGCGUGAAGAAUGGCGUUAAAAAUGGUGUUAAAAAUGGCGUUAAAAAUGGCAUUAAAAAUGGUGUUAAAGGAUCGUGGAAUAAAAAUCGCAAUAAUAAUAAACCAAUUAAAGGAAAGAAACCAACACCUCAAAAAGUAGAAAUAACAAAUGUUGAAGAAUGUCCAGAAUUCCAAUGUGUUUCAACUGUUCCACCACCACCGUUCAUACCAGGAAAUGAAAUAAAGUGUCCAGAUGUUGAAUGUCCACCAGGAUACACUAUUAAAUAUGAAUUAGGAGAUCUAUCAAAUCCACAACCGUGUGAACUUUAUUCAUGUAUUCCACCACCACCAAAAGAUUCAAUCUGUGAAGUUAAUCAGCGUACAAUCAAUACUUUCGAUGGUACCACAUACAAAUAUGAUAUUUGUAAUCAUAUCCUUGCACGUGAUUUAGUUCAUUCUAAAUGGGAUAUUUCAAUUCAAGAAAAAUGUACAAAACUAAACAAUUGCGAACGAGCACUGGUUAUUAAUUUGGAUGAACAUGAAAUCAUAUUGAAAGGAGAUCUUACAGUAAUAUUUGACGGAUACAAUUUCACAGUCGAUCAAACUAAACAAAUUGACGCUGAACAGAAUGCAUUUAAAAUAGCACGCUUAGGUGACAAAGUAUUAUUUAUAUCACCAAAAAUGGGCUUUUGGGUUAUUUGGGAUAGUCAACAAACUGUAAAAAUUGGUGUUUCUGCUCAGUUACAUAAACAAGUCGAUGGAUUAUGUGGUUACUUUAGUAGCAAUAAAAAUGACGAUAAACGUAUGCCAGAUGGUACAGUAACCAAUAGCACUAAACAAUUUAUUGGUUCUUGGAGGCAGACCGAAAAUAACAUUGAAUGCAAAGCAAAAUUGUGUCCAGCUGAAAUUCAACAUGAAGCUUGGGAAAUUUGUAAUACUUUGAAGAGCGAAGCCUUAGCAGAAUGUUCUACUGCCAUUGAUAUAAAUAAAUACAUGUCUCAAUGUCUGGAAGAUGUAUGUGCUUGUUUAAAUAACGAAGACAAAUCAAAAUGUAGAUGUAACAUUUUGCAAGACUUUAUUUUAGAAUGCAAGAAAAAGAAUGAUAAGAUUGAUUUAGCAACAUGGAGAAUUGAUCUUAAAUGCCCAAUUGCAUGUCCUGCACCAUUUAUUCAUUAUGAUUGUUAUAACCAUCGCUGUGAAAGAUCUUGCGAUAAUCUACGGGAAGAUGAUCCAUGCCCUGUAACACCUGAAGUAUGUUUCCCUGGUUGUUUCUGCCCUUCAUGGCUAGUUCGUAAAGGUGAAACUUGUGUUCCGCCAAGUGAAUGUAGAAAUUGUGAGUGUUCGUCUGACGAAGAUGGAAAUUAUAGAACAUUUGAUGGAGAAAGUUAUAUCUUUAACGGGAACUGUAGUUAUAUUAUGUCGAGGGACAUAUCCACAAAUGGUCAACAUCAAUAUCAGAUAAUUAGAAAGAAUUAUGACUGUGAUAUUAAUGGAAAAUGUACUCCCGAAUUAGUUAUAGUAUAUGAUGAUCAUACAAUAUUCAUUCAACGUAAUACCAACGAGAAACAAUUAGAAAGUGUUAUUGAUAAUGAAAUUGUAAAUACUUAUCCCCUUAACAACUCUUGGAUACAAAUUGAAGCUAUUCAAAGUCGCUGUAAAGAAAUUAACGUAUUGAUAAAAAGCAUCCAAUUAGAGGUAGCCGUACAAUAUCAUAACUUUGAAUAUCAAAUAAGAGUACCGUCAUACUUGUUUGAAGGUAAAUUAGAAGGUUUAUGUGGUAACGCUGAUGAUGAUUCGGACAACGAUUAUAAGAAACCAAACAACGAAUAUACAACAAAUAUCGAAGAAUUUGGUAUAAGUUGGAUGUCUGAUGAAUACAGUCAAAAUUGCACAUACACUCCACCAUGUACUGGUAAUAAUUGUACAGAAAUACCACCCACUACCGAACCACCUUGUGUUGAAUUACCCACUGAUACAAAUCCAUGUGAUACAAUCUUAAAUGAACAUAUAUUUGGAAAAUGUCAUAUUUUACUUGAUCCAAUACCAUAUCUUGAAUCUUGUGCGGAAGAUUUAUGUGAGCAAGGUUUAGAUAAGGAAACAAUUUGUAAUGCAAUUGAAAAAUAUGCACGGGAUUGUUUACGAGCUGGAGUUUGUAUAGAAUGGAAACAAGAAUCUAGUUGUGUUGAAAAGUGUCCGGAUGGAAUGGAAUAUAAAUCAUGUGGAGUUGGUUGUAUUGAAACAUGCGACAAUUAUGAAGACCUAAGAAAAUCAGAUGCACCUCCUUGUCCAUUAGAACAACUUUCAGGCUGUUUCUGUACAGAUGGAAAGGUUUUGAAAAAUGGAACUUGUAUUGAAACAAAAUAUUGCAAACCAUGCGAUACAGAAGGACAUUACUCUGGUGACGAAUGGAUUAAAGAUAAAUGUACAAGUUGCGCAUGUGACAAAGAUGGUCAAGUUAAUUGCCAUACAGAAAAAUGUCCAGAAUCUGUUGUUUGCAAUACGUAUGAGAAUAUGAUCACGGUAGCUGGAACUGAAGAAAAUUGUUGUCCAAAUCAAAUAUGUGUCCCUGCACCAUGCGAAACACCAACAAUACCAGUUUGCGGGCCUGGCCAAGUAUUGAAAAAAGAAACAACUCUAAAUAACUGUACAAAUUACAUUUGUGGGUGUAAACCAAUUUCGGAGUGUGAAUCAAUUGAAGAUCAAAGUAAAAAAGAAUUAAGCGUGGGUAUGAAGAAGGUUGUAAAUAACACUGGAUGUUGUCCAAUUGUAUCGUAUGUAUGUGAAAAAGAAUCGUGUCCAAAGCCGCAAGUAUGUGACGUACCAUAUGAACUUAGCACGAACUAUUCUACAGAAUGCUGUCCAGAUUAUUCCUGUGUUCGGCCCAAAAAUAAAUGUUUAUACAAAUUACAAAUAGAUCCAAUAACAAGAGAGCUUUUGGAUGAGGAAUCUGCUAUAUUAAUUGCUAAAAAUCCAAAUGAAACGUGGUUUGAUGGCCCUUGUCGCGAGUGUAUAUGCCUAGAGGGUAAUGAUGUAUACCAUGCAGAAUGUAAAGUAACACAAUGUCCAUUAUUAAGUGAAAAUCCAGACGAUGACGAAUAUGUAUUAGAAUUACGCCCUAGUCCCGGACAAUGUUGUAUGGACGUUGUUCGUACUGCAUGUAAAGAUAGCGGAGAAGUUCAUAAAGUCGGUGAAACUUGGACAUCUUUUAACGAUAGCUGUACAGAAAUAAUAUGUGAAGAACAAGAAAAUGGAAUUCUAACGAAGAAAAGUGUUGUUAACUCCUGUGAUAAAUCAUGUAAAAUGGGAUGGAGGUAUGCAGAGCCACAAGAUCCUACGCAAUGUUGUGGUUCUUGUAAUCUAUAUUCUUGUGUAUUUAAUAAAACUGAGUACAAUGUUGGGGAUGAAUGGUCAUCUUCAGACAACUGCACAAAGUACAAAUGUUCAAAUGACUCCGGCCAUAUUUCUACUGAGAAAAUUAACGUGGUUUGUCCAACAUUAAGUGAAGACGAAUACAACGAUUUUGACAUAGAAGAAAUCAAAAUUGACGGGGAAUGUUGCAAGAAAUUUGAAUUCGUAGGAUGUAAAGUAAAUGGAAUUACAUAUAAGGUUGGAGAUACUUGGCCAUCGCCUGAUGGAGAUGUUUGCAAAAAUAUUACAUGCGUUGAAACUAAGUACGGCAAACUUGAGAAGGAUGAACUUAUAAACAAGUGUAAUAAAAAUUGUGCGGUUGGAUGGGGUUAUAAAGAACCCAAUAAAGAAAGCAAACAAUGUUGCGGUCAAUGUGAACCCGAAUAUUGUAUUUUGAAUGGUGAACCCUAUCUAAUUGGCAGUGUUUGGACAUCGGAUGAUAAUUGCACUAAAUAUACUUGUACCAGUGACAAUAGCAGUCUAACAAUUGUAACAGACAAGAUUUAUAACUGUCCUAGUUUAGACGACUGUGAACCACAAUUUAUUGUGGAAGAUGGAUGUUGUUCGAAAUGUACUAAACCUAAACCCGAUAAAUGUAAACUAGAACAAGUUGGAGAAAAAGAUACAAUUGGCCUUGUACAAGUUUAUUCAAAAAUUCAUGGAUUAUGUAAAAAUCUAAAACCAGUUAAUGAAUUUGUUAAAUGCAAAGGGAAUUGCGACUCCUAUGUUCAGUUUAAUACAGACUCUCUAUUAUACGACGACACAAAAUGUACUUGUUGUCAGCCAACUGAUUAUAAAACAAUAGAAAUUAAUUUACUUUGCGAAACAGGUCAUGAGUUAUUGAAGAAAAUAAAUGUUCCAAGUGGAUGCAAAUGUUUCGGUUGUGGAGAAAAGAAAUCUGGCAUAAAAUCAUGGUUUGCUCGAAAAGGAUAAUUUUAACAUUAUGAAAAUAUUUGCACG